AUGGGUCCUGAGGCUAAAGGAAAAACUUAUGGUGAAAGGACAAAUCCUUCAUGGAACUUGUCUGAGUUCACAAAUGGUAAGGAGUGGCUAUUGAAAGAAGUACAGAUUACUGGGUUUAGUCCGAUGGAUCAACAGAUGACAUUUAUUAGAGCUGUGAUUGAACGAGCUCCCAACUUACGAACUCUUGUCCUGAAAGAUUACUCACCUUGUGAGGACUGCGAGCAGAUGGGUGUACUGCCUCGAUCUGAAAGAUUACCAGCAGAACGAGUAUACCCGAAGGGCAAGGAGGAUCAAGGCAUGAAAUCAGACGAUGAAGAUAGGCUCAGCAUGCUGCCUGACGACGUGUUACUCUUAAUCCUAGGGAGAGUUGACAUAGCUACGGCCACAAGGAUAAGCAUCUUAUCCACGGGGUGGAAACACCUGCCCUGGUUGCUCCGUGAGCUCACAAUUGAUGUCAGAGAAUUCCUAUCUGUUCCUCCCCCAAACCCCAUUGAAGUUGGACAUAUGGACGAAGCAAUGGUUUCCCUAACCAGAGCAGCCAUUAGCUUCUUGGCUACUCCCCGGAGCGAAUCCACCAUCACAAGGCUGCAGCUCAAGCUCUAUCUGGUCAACACUUACUCGGAUGUCAUUGGCCCUCUACGUAGUCAAGCAACUGAGAUUGGGACUUUAGAAGAUUUAGACCUGGCCAUUGUGGAUGAGAAGGAGCCUGACGACUGUUACAAAGAGGAAAUGCGUCAGCAAGCUCGUACUGUGGAUGGCUUUUUAAGUGCCUAUCCUAUAACACCCCUGUCAUUUGAUGUUGCCCCAUUCCUUAAGGAAUUGAGCCUCAUAUGUGGUGCGACAGUUGAUCAUCAAGGGUUUAAGUUGAGUAAGGUUCUGAGGGAUACAACAUCUAUACAGAACUUAACAUUAAAUUUCGAAGGAGAAAAGCUUUGGAUAAAACCGGAAGGGAAGCAGCUCUGCACUGCAUUCAAGAAGCUGAGGAAGUUAUCUCUACAUGGUAUUUUUGUUGAAUUCGAUUUGUUAUGGAUGAUAGUUCUCCUUGAAGCCGCGCCAUCAGUUGAGAUAUUUGAUAUCGAGUUCAAAAGUUGUAAGGAAUGGCAAUUGAAAGAGGUGCAUGUUACAGGCUUUAGCCCAAUGGAGCAACAAAUAGCACUUAUAAGGGCUGUGAUGCAGCGAGCUUCCAACCUACAAACCAUUGUCCUAAAAGAUUACCAACCUUGUGAUGACCGUGAUGAGAUCGGUGCACUUACUCGUUGUGAAAGAUUACCACCAGAACGGGUGUUCCCAAAGGGAAAGGGCGAGCAGGACGUUGCAGUUGAGCAGCUGAUUAGAGACAUGCCUGACUGCAAUGUUCAGAUAAUUUUUGGGAACUAA